AUGGUUAAGAUGCCAGAUGAACUCUUUAACUGGGUUGUAUGGAUGCAUGAUCAAUUAGAACAAACAAGAAACUGCUGUUCUAAUUCAAAAAACCGGUCGACCCAGGAAGAUAUCAACCCUAUCGUUAAAAGACAUGCAUUCUCCCACAUCAAAUUCAGAGGAAAACUUUAUUAUGAUUGGAUUGAAGUAACAAAGAAAGUACGCGAACGUCGUCCUGAAGCUCGGACCUGGAACGUUUUCCCAGAAACAAUAUCUGCCAUCCGUCAAAUUGAGAAUGUGUUUUUAAAUAUCUUUUUGGAGAAGGCAAAACAAGUGGAAGAGAUCAUAGAAAUACCAGCGCCGGAUGACAAUGACACUAUCACUCGCAUAACUAUAAGUUGGAAGCACAAAGAAUUUAUUGAAACUGAGGAACUGAAAAUGGUACUUCUCAUUGAAUGGGGAGAAAUGAGCUCGUGUGUCAAAGAGUUUGAUUUCUCCUCAAAAGGAGCCGAAGAAAUAUUGGAUGUCUUGGUCAAGCCAACAUAUAUAAUGGAACUCUUGAUAGACUGUUCAUCUUCCUAUCAAUUGUUCGAAUGGAUUGAAAAAGAAAUUUCCGAACGAUACGAGGCCGGUCAAAUACCCACAAGAGUUAAGCAUCUUCAUUGGAAAUGUGACUCCAGCCCUGGAAGUUUUCUCUUACUUUUCAAACUUUUAAAUCCUCAAUAUCUUCGAGGUUUAACGUUGGAAAAGUAUGAAUUUGUGAAAGAAGAAAUCACCAAACUCGUGAGAAUGAAGCAGUGGCAGAAUCUUGUGGAGAUUCAAUUGGAAUCGUUUUUUCCUGGGGACGUGGAAAAUUUAUUGGAAUCCGAUGUGAUCAAGGCGUACACUCUCGUCGACGAAACUGGAAUCAGGAACAUUAUAGAAGUGAGCUCUUGA